AUGCCUUCACACUGGCUACUUUUCGUCCUCAUUGGUGGUGGCAACCUGUUUACAAGGUAUAGCUGUGCCAAGCCCACCACUGAACCUACAACAUUUCCCCGGUUCAGAUUUGAGACGGAUGUUCUAACAACCGAAACGCUCAAAAAGUAUCGCAGCAAGAAUGCGCAUCUACUCGCGUUCAACACUAGUGGACCAAUUACUGCUAGCGGAGGAUGCAAGGUAUUCCCGGGUGAUGCCGCUUGGCCGUCGUCCGAAGAGUGGAAUGCUCUCGACGAUGCUCUUGGCGGUGCGUUGAUAAAAACCGUUCCUCUAGCCGCACCAUGUUAUCGUGAAUGGGAGGUUUAUAACGCUGCGAAGUGCGAAGCAAUAGUCGCCAACUGGACCAACCCUCAUACGCACAUGGAAGAUCCAACGUCAGUGAUGUGGCCAGUAUGGGAAGGAUUGACUUGUUUACCGGUGGAUGGCACCGGCAACUCAAGCUGUACUAUUGGUGGCUAUCCGACUUACGCUGUGAAUGCGACGACAGUUGCUCAUAUACAGCUCGCGAUCAAUUUUGCGCGCAAUUCUGGUCUUCGAAUCGUUAUCAAGAACACCGGCCAUGAUUACCUUGGAAAAUCGUCCGGAGCUGGUGCUUUAAGUAUAUGGACGCAUAACUUGAAGAGCAUUGAGUACUUGCCUAACUUUGGACGAUCAUCUGUCAAGACUAUCCACGCUGGGGCUGGAGUUACGUCCCUCGAGGUUUCUCAAAUCGCCUAUGGCCACGAUGCAUCUGUAGUUGCGGGAAUGUGCGCUAGUGUUGGCUUUGCCGGAGGCUACUUCACUGGAGGAGGGCUUUCGCCGUUGUCUAGCCUUUUCGGUAUGGCAGCCGACCACAUCCUUGCCGCCGGCGUUGUGACAGCAGAUGGUCAAUAUGUGAUUGCUUCUCCAGAGUCUCAUCCGGAUCUUUUCUGGGCUAUCCGUGGAGGUGGAGGUAGCACUUGGGGAGUGGUAACAUCAGUCGUCGUAAGGCUUCAUCCCACAAUUCCAUUAACGACAUCCGCUAUCUCCUUCCAAACUUCAGCCAAUGUGAGCAACGAGACGUUCUGGGAGGGCGCUCGUUCUUAUUUUGAGAACAUCGAACGCUUCACCAGUGCUGGCUUUUAUGGAUUCUCUAAUACCCGGCGACUAAGCUCCUUCUACAACAACUCCGAUUUCAGUUUUGCACUUGAGCCUAUGCUAGCACCAAAUACUACUAUCGAAGCAUUUAACAGGGUCACAAAACCUUUCUUCGACCGAUUGAAAGAGCUUGGCAUCCCCUACACCAACGAGCAAAAGUUCUACGAAUCCUUCCACGAAGGAUGGAUAGCAACAUGGCCAGAUGAAGACCUUGUCGUCACUGUGCCCACUAUCACUGAGGGAAGCCGCCUCUUUCCUCGCGAAUUGUUCGCCAACCCUGAGGGCAUAGAGAAUUCCCUUCAGGCUAUUCGUACUGUUAGCGAGCGCGGAUAUGACAUUACAGGGUUCGCCCUGGCGCCGCGUAACCCCUUCCACGUUGAUAACUCGGUUAAUCCCGCCCUGCGCAACGCUCUCGGGCACUUCAGCUCAGGUGUUGUGUUUGCCGAACACUCCACAUCGGAGCAAAUGGCUGAUACUCAAGCGGAGCUUAUGAAUAAUAUUCUUGACGUCUGGCGUGAAGUAGCCCCAUCAGAGAAGAUGGGAGGCUCUUACCUUAACGAAGCGAAUAUAAUGGAACCCAACUGGCAAGAUGACUUUUAUGGUCUAAAUUAUCCGGAGCUGCUGAGAAUCAAGCGUACGUAUGACCCUUACAGCGUCUUUUACGCUACAACUGGAGUCGGUAGCGAAGACUGGGAGGUACGAAGUAUGGAGCAAGGUAUUCGAACACAAAAUGGGCGCUUGUGCCGCCUGUAA